UCUUGCAUGUGUCAAAGGGAGACCCUACAGAAAUAAUGAAUGGCUGUCAACAAGAAAGUCAAUUCAGGUUGAAGCAAGUGCAGAAAGCUCUUAUUAAUGGUGUCUCCCAAAUACCUCCACAUCAGAAAAAAACAGUAUAUCUCUGCCAGCUUUUGAUAAGAAUUGCACAAGGAAAGAAUCUUGGAUUACAGUUUGAAAAUGAUCAAAAAAUUUCACCUUUGGAAUCCGCUCUGUCUUUCUGGACUUUACUUGAAAGGGAAGAAAUUAAACUGGAAAAACUUCAUGAAGAAAUUCGUCGCUUGAUUCAAAUUCAGAUUGUAGCAGUCCAUAUGGAAAACAGAUAUUUCAAGGAAGCUGCUGAAGUUCUUGAAAGGCUGUUCACAGACUCUGAAUCAGACAAGCCUUUAAGGGUGAAGCUGGCAACCGUAAUUAAAACCAAGGAUCCAUAUGUUCCUCUUCUCCAAAGCUUCAGUUACAGUCUUUUGAUAAGUAAAAUCAAGUCUUACAUUGAACUUUUCAUGAAAGAAAAUGAAACUAACUUCUUAAUACAGGAAGCCACAAAACAUGUGGCAUCUAAAGGGUUGGGAGCAACAGCAUUGCAAAACAGACCUGUGGAAGUCAAUGAAAAUGGCAAAAGCGAUUUGGAAACAAAACAAAGAUUGAUGAAAGAGAAACGGUGUAUCACAAGUCAGUCAUCUGCAGGCAUAGCAAGGAAACGUUCAGGAGUGAAACCCAAAGAGAGCAGAAUUCUUCAGAGUCUUAACAACAUGCAAAAUGUGGAACAAAAUGGAGUUUCUUUGGCAUGUAGCCGAAGAAGACAGCGAUGGACUCACAAAGAAGACAUGGAGCUGAAACUGGGAGUAAGGGAGUUUGGAGUGGGUAACUGGGCUAAAAUUUUAGCCCAUGGUAACUUCAACAACCGAACAAGUGUCAUGUUGAAAGACCGGUGGAGGACACUGAACAAGAUCAACCAAAGCUGGUUAGGACUACAGUAACCAACUCUUCUUGACCUUUCCCUACAUGAAGACCUACUCUAGUUUUUCAGAAUAACAUCUUAUUUUAGUCUCAGAGUGUCCAGCAGUGUUGCUGUCCUGAAACAUGAAACAGAAUAGUAAUAGGUAUAAAACAUUUGUGUAAGCUCACUUGCUCUGGUAAUGAUGACUUAAAUGUAAAGUCUGGCCUUUUUUGCUAUAUGCAAUAACAGAUCACCUAGAUUCUGAAAUGUGAAAGUGUUUGCAGUGAUUUAAAAAUGUCUAUUAUGUAAAUAGGGGUAUUACUGGCAAUCAUCUUUAGUCUGAUGGAGGCUAAUAAAAAGUCAAGUGUUCUGUAUUUUUAAAGGGCUGUCUCUCUUUUUAGAUUGACCUUUUCAUAUUUUUACUUCCUGCCAUAAAACCCAUUCUAAUUUGUUUUGCUUUACUUUGAAAUUUAGGUCAGACUUGUCAUCUCUGUAAGUUAUACCGAAAAGUAUGUAUGUGUUAGUAUUGUUAAUUUUAUGAGAUGAUGGUUUGUUGGGUUUUUUUCUGCAGUUAAAAAUGUGUAAAUUCAUAUGAUGUUGUACUUGUAAGUAACAAAGGGACUGGUUAAUUUUUUACAUGGAAAGGAACACUAUUAUACUAGAACUUAGCAUCUCUUGGUUAGCUUGUGCCACCUACCUUGUCUUGACAAGUGACUUCUUCCAGGGCAGCAGGAAAGGGAAAGCUAAAAAACACAUGGUCAAAGUGGGGCUCAAUAACGAGUCUACACUGUCAGUGACAGCAAAGAUACUCUUUGAUGGGGGUCACUACCAAGGUCUCUGCUGGCCACUGCAACUCUCCUGCUCAUGGGAGACUGGAGCAGAUGGAUGAUGGCACUAGCCUGUAUAUCUGGAUUCAAAUAAUUUGGAAGAGAUUUCCACAAUCUCAGAAAACUCAUGCUUUCCACUGUCAUACUGGUGUGAAUCAAAUGACUUGAACUCACAUAAUAGUUCAGUGUUCUUUUAAAAGUGAAAUCCUUUCAAUUCAGAUGUUUUCUGUACCUUUUUUUCUUGGCUAAGGUUUUUAUUUUCCAAGAGCCUUAUAAGAAAAAGCACCCGUCUGAAUUGGUCAUAUUAAAACAAAGCUCUCUGAGAUAAUUUUCCCAAUUAAAAAGGAAACUAUAUAGUUAUGAAGUCUGAAAUGUUCAGAAAGUAUUAAAAUCAUCUCUGCUUUCUGUUUUGGAGGCCUGCUUUUAUUACAAUAAAAUGGUAAAAUGCAGUUCAAAUGUUUGUUUCACAACAGACUCUUUUUGUGGACAGAACCUCAAGCAGAUCACCUUCCUCAUUCUUGCUAAGAGACUAUGGCUUCUUCCAGGAAGUCAUUAUGUUGCAUGCAGAUGCUGCCUGUCUUAACAGGAAAUUUUCUCAACCUGUAUAGCAGUCUUGCCAGUGCUCAGAUGUUGCAGGUUCCUAUGCUUAUCAUUGUAGAUGAGCAUUUUUAACUAGUAGUAAUUUUUUUACUCUUAACCAAGGCCUUAGUCACAAAGUCUGGUCAAGGUCCAUCUGCCAGAAAAGUUACACUAUGUAUUACUGACGAAGUUCUGAAGAGACCAAUUCCUUAACAGUGCUGACUACGUAUGUCUUCAUGAAGGUGGCUAAACAUGAAAACUGCAGUGUAGAGGGAGAAUAUUUACACAAUUACAGUGUAAAAAAUUGUCUAGAUGAUA